CUUCCAAAGCAGAUAUAUAAGGUUAACACCACGUUCAGGUUCAUCUCUUGAAUAUACCACUCAACUACCAGUACCUAUCAACAACCAAUCUAUCCACUCAGUCAUUGUUCUUCAAGAAUCCUAAAAGACCUCACGAUACACCACUCCACACAACUUACUAGCUACCACCAAAGCAUCCCUUUCUUUCCCUCUUUCUUCUCCAAAUAAGACGCUACAGUACAUCCGAAUAUCGUAUCCAUCGACCACAACAUUCUGAACAUGCAUUUCAAUCCCGAGAAAGAGAUACCAGAUCUGUCGGGAAAGAGAAUUAUCGUGACGGGCGGCAGCAGUGGUCUCGGCAAAGAGAGCGUCCUCCAACUCGUCAAGCACAACCCAGAUAAAGUGUAUCUCGCAGCCCGAACAAGCAAGCGAGGCAAUGCAGCAAUCGAGGAGAUUGAGAAAUCAGUCCCCUCAGCAAAGGGAAAGAUGCACUACCUUGAGCUGGACAUGGCAUCUUUCGCGUCCGUCAAGCAAGCCGCCGAUCGCAUCCUGUCCGAGAACAACCGAAUCGACAUCCUUAUGAACAACGCCGGAACAAGUGCCAACCCUGCAGGUCUAACCAGCGAUGGCUACGAGAUCCAAUUCGGCAGCAACUACAUGGGACCAACCCUCUUCACCAAGCUUCUCCUUCCACUGCUUCAGCAAACCGCCGAGCAACCAAACAGCGACGUCCGCAUCAUCAACCUCAGCUCUGAACUCUUCAAACAAGCACCUAAAGAGGGAAUCUCGUUCCCCACGCUCACGACACCCGCUGAAGAGAUAAGCACCGUAGCUCGCUACGGUCAAUCAAAGCUAGCAAACUACUACUUCAGCAAGCUUUGCUCCCAGAAAUAUCCCAACAUCACAUCAAUCGCUCUACAUCCGGGUGUCGUCAACACGGGUAUCUGGGACCACUUCAAGGAAAGGAGGCCUGUGCUAGGAGCGGUGCUUUCUGUCUUGUCUGGUCCUUUUAUGACUAGUGUCCCCGACGGUGCGAAGAUGCAGUUGUGGUCCAGUACCGCACCGAAGAACCAGGUUAAAAAUGGUGCGUUCUAUACCCCAGCGGGGAAUGGUAAGGAAUACACGCAAGCGAUACUGAAGAACGAUAAACUUGCGAAUGAGCUAUGGGAAUGGACUGAGAAGGAGUUUGCUAAGCAUGGGUAUUAG